AUGGUCGGGGCGGCCCUCCUCGUCGGGGCCGCGGCGGCCGGCGCGCCGUCGAAGCAGCCGCACAUCGCCUUCAUGCUCGUCGACGACCUCGGAUUCAACGACGCCUGGGCCGUGAACACGUCGGACGUCGCCGGCGCCUGGCCGCACGUCGGCGCGCUGGCCAACGAGAGCGUGCGCAUCGCCACGUACUACACGACCAUGCUCUGCACGCCGACGCGCGGCGCGUUCAUGACGGGGAGGCUCCCGCAGCGUCUCGGGCUCCACCACGGCGUCAUCGGCGGCUUCCAGGACUACGGCCUGCCGGCCAACGAGACGACCAUCGCCGACAAGCUCAAGGGCGCCGGCUACGCGACGGCCCACGUCGGCAAGUGGCACCUCGGCAACUUCGACGACGCGUCGGAGCCGACGCGGCGCGGCUUCGACGCCUCCUACGGCUACCAGAACGGCGAGGAGGACCACUUCACGCGCAUUUUGCAGGGUCUGGGCGACUUCCAGGCGUCGAGCCUCGCCGACGGGGCGUCCUACUACACCGUCGACGACCUCCUGAAGAUCAACGGGACGCACAACUCGUUCCUCUUCGUCGAUCGCGCCGUGGCCGUCGUCGGCGCGCACGACGCCUCGAUCCCCCUCUUCCUCUACCUCGCGCUCCAGGACACGCACGCGCCCAUCCAGGCGCCGGCGGGCUACGCCGACGACGCGGCCUGCGCGUCCAUCGGGUCGUCGCGCCACUACCCGGACGGCGCGCGCCGCGAGUUCUGCGGCAUGGUCCGGGCCGCGGACGAGUCCAUCGCCAACGUCACCGCGGCCAUCGACGCCAACUUCGGCAAGCGGAACAGCGUCAUCGUCAUCGCGGGCGACAACGGCGGCAUCGUCAAGGGCGGCGGCAACAACUGGCCCCUCCGGGGCCAGAAGGGCCAGCCCUGGGAGGGCGGCGUCCGGAACCACGCGCUCAUCCGCGCGCCGGGGCGCCUGGCGCCGGGCCUCUACGACAAGGGCAUGGUCCACGUCGUCGACCUCCACGCGACGCUCGUGGCCCUCGCGGGCGGCGCGAGCGCCUACGAGAUCGACGGCCUCGACGUCUGGGCCGCGCUCCGCGACGGGUCGCCGUCGCCGCGGUCCGAGGUGCUGCUCAUGUACGACCCCUGCGCCCAGCACGGGCCCCUGGCCGUCAACUGCUCCGCGCCGGCCUACAGCUACCGCGACGGCGACUACAAGCUCGUCCACCCGUCGAUCAUCAACGACACGUGGAUCAUGCCGCCGCCGUCCGUCGGCGCGGCCUACGCCGACGACGGCGCGCCGUCCUGCGUCCACCCGGAGCCCCACGGCGCCGUGUCCCUCGACGCCGCCUGCGUGAGCCUCGUGGACAACGCGACGUACCUCUACGACCUGAGCGUCGACCCGGAGGAGCGCGUCGACCUCGCCGCGGAGAAGCCCGACGUCGUCUUCGCGAUCCAGGCCAAGGUCCUCGACUUCGUCGCGCGCCACGAGAUGUACCCCUGCAACGUGCCCGGCGGGCCCUGCUUCGACGUGGACCAGGCGGGCAACGCGUCCUGCACGGCCCUCGGCUACUUCCGCCCCUGGAUCCGCAACUAG